AUGGACACCAAAGCAAUCCAGGCUCAAUCGCCAGCUGCACCGAUCUACAUUCUUCGCGGCCAUGGCUCGGCAAUUCAUGCAUUGAACAUCUAUAACCAGAAUCUUCGCCUGAUAUCCGGCGACGCCAACGGCUGGAUCGUCAUUUGGGACUUGAUCACGAAGCGUCCGGUAGCAGCAUGGAAAGCCCAUGCAGGAGCUGUAUUGGAGGUGAAGGGAUUUAACAUUGGCUCCGGCGUAACCGAGAUCUAUACGCAUGGCCGCGACCACAAACUGUGUGUAUGGAAGAUCCGAGCUGAAGACGAAUCAUUCCUCAGCAAGACCCUCCCAGUUCUCGUGGUAGAAGCCGAGCAGGAGUGUAAAACUCAGCCGUGGCUGCUUCAUUCUCUGCCCGUGAAUGCGCUCAACUUCUGCGCGUUUUCAAUGGCUUUUGUCAAUUCAGAUGGUCUGCCGGGACUGCCGGAUCACACUACCAAGCCUGAAACUACUCUCUUUGCUGUACCCAAUGCCAUGGACUCAGGCGGCGUUGACAUCUUCCAUCUGCCUUCUGAGCGUCGCAUCAGCACCAUCCCUUCCGAUGUAUCGAUCAAAACCGGAAUGCUAAUGGCUGUCAAUCUGUUCGUUACUGCUUCUGGAGAUCUUUACGUCGCUUCUGCGUAUGAAGAUGGCCAUGUUAUGGUUUAUUGUCACCGGGGUGCUCUCAAAUCUGCCGUCUUUGAGCGUGAGAAUAUAAUUAAUAAUCCUCUGAAAUGGGAGAGGCUUUAUGUUUGUCGACCUCAUACGCAGCCUGUUCUUUCUAUUGAUGUUGCUCCCUCGCUUGCAUAUUUCAUUUCUUCUUCGGCGGAUGCUUUGGUCAUUAAGCAUCCUAUUCCGAGUGCGAGUUCUCCAGGAUACAUACCCACCGCUGGGUACAAGGAGGAGUCACCUUUGAAAAUUGCCAAUACAAGACAUUCGGGUCAGCAGGGUCUGCGGAUAAGGUCUGAUGGAAAGUUAUUUGCGACUGCCGGCUGGGAUAGCAGGAUCCGGGUAUACUCGAGCAAAACGAUGAAAGAGCUGGCUGUGUUAAAGUGGCACAAAGAUGGAUGCUAUGCUGUGACAUUCGGGGAUGCAUCUCUGGGGUCUUCAUCGAACCCCGGCCCUGAUAUUCAAAAUGAAAAGAAGGAAUCGGUGGCCGCCGAGCAACGCGACUACUCUCUCGCUACUGUGCACCAACAGCGCAAUCUAAAAGUACAACAAACUCAUUGGCUAGCAGCUGGUUCCAAGGAUGGGAAGAUUUCAUUAUGGGAUAUCUACUGA